AGCAAUAAAAGUCACGGGUCUGCUGUUACCAUGGGACCAAAGGGAGAGAAUCUGUCUGUUCUUCUCCUUCUAAGAAGCAAGGCUGUUUGGGCUCUGUUUCAUUUUACCUAUGGCUCUUGUCCGUAAAGGUUUUCAGGGGUUGCCUCUGUGUUGCUUUAAUACUUUUCUUUACAGUAACAAGGAUCAUCUCUUCUAGUUCUCCUGGCCCUCAAGGCCUGUGCUGUAAUACAACGCAGAGAGGUAUGUACCUGCCUGGAGGCACUCUGUUUUAAGGCUACGAAUAGAAAUCUCUUCACAACACUCCCCAGCAUGCUGCCUUUCUGCCUAUGAAUAUUUCAGUCGCAAACUGCCAAAAAAGUAGGUUUGUGGGGUGUGGAAAAAGGAUGGGGGCGUGGAGCACGUGCUGGGACUGUGUCAGCAACUGACAUAUGUUCUGAUCACCAGCAGUUUAGAAUCACUUCUCCAAGAGUUUGCCGCCGACAAGGUUUUGCUGGGGCAGCAGGGCUGCAUUAUGGUAGCUGUAGGUUUUCACUCGCCUUUUUCUACUGCUUUGUUCUUGCUGCUGGCAGUCCCUGUGAGCCAUGCCUUGGUAUUGAAAUGCAAAGAACAUCACUAUCUUUUCCGUGAAAAAUGUUGCAAGGACUGUGCCCCUGGUGAAAGAAUGAGAAGCCGCUGCACAGCAACAACAGACACAGUCUGUGCCCCCUGCCAAGAUGAGUACUUUAAUAGUGAGCACAACCACGGCUUCUGCAAGAGCUGUACCAUCUGUGACACUACGAAGGGGAGCAAGGAAGUGAAGAAGUGUGAGAAGACCUCUGACAGAAUUUGCAUGUGUGCUGCAGGCUACAUGCCAGACGUUGGCCAUCCCCUGCGAAGCGUCUGCUUACCAUGUCCUGAAGGGUUUUAUUCCACAGGAGGGAAUGAAAACUGCCAACCUUGGACCAAUUGCAGCGUUCUUGGGAAAAAUACCCUUCGACCAGGGACAAAAACAGCUGAUGCUGUUUGCAGCCACCAUGUCACCCAGCCAGCCACCUCUCAGGGUGCAACACCUGCUCUCAGUCUUUCCACCACUGACCACAAGAACAACACGUCGACUGCAACGUUCUCACCAUCCAGACCCAGCGUGAUCCCUUUCAUUUGCACAGACACAAACAGCCCCACAGAGACCAACUGGGGGUCUUUAUCACUUAUCCUGAUUUGUCUGAUACUCCUCAUGGUGAGUGGAAUGUCCAUCCUCCUGUUGAUUAUCCAAGCAGCCAAAAAAGAGACCAAGAGGAGGAAAACCCGUCAAGGAGCAGGGAGCUGUCGAUUUCCUGUCCAGGAAGAACAAAUUGACUCCAAUUCUAGUCUUAUCAAAAACUGACUCCACGUUACGUUACUGUUUCCUGCAUUUCUGAGCCGACUGAUUGUAACAAGUAAUGUGAGGGAGCAUUCUGUGGCUGUGCAUGUGGAUGUGUGUAACUGUUUAAUUGCACUUCAGUUGCUUUGGGUCUCGUUGGGCAGCCCCUUUGGCAUUAGGGCUGGUGGGAGUAGAUGUUCUUGCUGGAAUCAUGUGGUUCUUUCUCUUCAGCAGAUCCUGUGCACAGCAUCCCUGUCGCCAGGACUGAGUUCCUAAUAGUCCUUUUUGCAUUUGUAGCCAAUUCAUAGUGAUGGGCCUGUCUUUGGGCUGAAGAAAGUGUCUCUGAAGCUGUAAGAGCUGAUCAUUGAGCAGACAGAAAAACAGGGAAAUCAAAAGACUUGCUUUAUGGCUGAGUUUAUGUCUUGGCUUACAAUUCUGAGCUGCUAAGCAGAGCAUGUCUCUCUUUUCUCAGUGCAGGUGUCCCCAGUGUUUCAGUCUAGUUCCCAAAUGAACUCUUCUCGCUUUAGGUGGAGAAUCUCCCUUGAUGAACCAGUGCCCUUUGUGCUUCCAUUUUUUUCAAGUUAUUUCUUCUUGGUCAAGUUGAAUGGCAUGUGUGAGCCAGGCCUCCAGAGAUAGUGGUCACUGCUGGUCACUCUGCUACUGGCCAUGUACCAGAACAGCACCAGAAUUCUGCUGCUGGCUGGUUAGUGGCUGUUAAGAAAUGGCUGUUCAAUGCCACUUCUCACUUUUCUGCAUUUCUUCAAACAUAUCCAUUGAGAAAUUGUCAUGUGAACAUAUUGAGCAUUUUACUCAUUAUCAGGCUCAAAAAUGGAAUUACCCAUGAUCACCAGGUAGCUCCAGAUCUCCAAGUGUUUGGAAAUCUCCAUGGAGAUCAUGUGUGUGGAAAGUAGAAUAUGUGGAUUGCCAGAAGGCAAAAGGAACAGUGAUUUCUGAUUAGAACAUUAUUAGUGGAAACUGUAUUUCAAAAUAGGGGUAAAGUGCCACUCGUCUGCAAUGUAAACUUUAGUACUUGCCAUGUCUGUCUAAUCUUUUCUCUAUAAGCCCUGUGCAGUUGACACACUGUGUGGACAUCCUGGUGUCUAUCAUCAGCAAGGCUGCUUUGGUGAAGCUUGGACAUCUCCACAGUCAAAUUGUUCAGCUUAAACCACUUUUGUGGGACUUGGUUGCUUGGAACAGAGGGAGAAACCCAGAAGCAAGUUUGGUUCCAGGCAGUGCUCUGGCUUUGGGCAAGGUCUAUGUCUUAGGUUUAGGAGCAUGUACAUAGACAUUCAGAGGUUUUCUGCUGCUGAAUGACAAUUUUGUGAUGGUUUGGAAAGGUUUAACUUCUUAGAUGUUUUCUGUUGAUAAGAGGCAAGAGCUGAACUCCUAACACAGUGCUGACUCUCUGGGCCUUCAGGGGUUGCAUUUUAGCAAAGGCAUCCAAAGAUCACGUAACGGUGGAUAGAUGUGCUCUGACCAUUCGUCGGGAUGAUCACCUGGUGUGUGCUCUCAGUGGAAUCUGCAUUCAAGAAGUGUUUUUGAUUUUGGUUUCUGUGCAGUUAAAAUGCCUGGUGGUUUUGCCCAUGCACUGUGUGAAAUGAAUUUUACUUCUGUAACGUUUUACCACAAGUUCAUCAGUCUGUAGUUUUGGAAAGCGUUCAAGUUUUAGAUGGCAAGUCCCAAAUCUGAAGUGUCUGUGAGAAACCUGAAGUAUUACUGUCAAUAGCUUUUGAUGUCAUUUAAAUACCUCAGUGUAAAAGUUCAGGAAAUAGUAAAACUUGGGGGUUACAUAAUUCGGAAGUGUUUUUCACUUCAAAUGUAACUCCUCAGUAGAUAACUCAUUAGCAAUAGGUAUUUCAUAAGCACAAUACCAAAGCAUAUGCCCAAAUAUGCAACAGGAAAUGUAUUCAAGAAUACAACUGGUGUCUAGAAACAUGUUUUUAAACAUAUGUUUUCUUAUAU